AGGAGGGGUGCGGGGGGGGGUUGAGAGGACAAGACGGGGACUCCUGGGUCCCCCUGCAAGCCAACUGAGAGGCAGAUUCUUGCAUUCUUGGGGAGGUGGGGCAGUUAUUCCCAUUUGCGAGAGAAAACGAGCAAGCAUCGCGGACUCCCAAAUUAGGCGGGGCAGCGGUGGCUGGGACACAGGUUAGCUCAAGGUCAGCAGGGGGCUUGGAGAGCCUGGAUUCCCGGAUCGUGAGAGGGCAAAGCCAAGCCGAUACGUCUACUACGCGCCCUUCCUGAUCCUGAAGCUCGCCCCGCUUCUCCCUCUUGGGAAGGAGCCCUGACGUGCCGCGCGGCCCCCCUCGACGACGGGCGCCGCCGAUCCCCGGGCAUUAUGGGCUCCCCCUCGGGGCUGGGCCGCUGCCGUCUGGCCUUGGCCUUCGCGGUGCUCAUGGACGCCGCGGGCACCGGGGCGCUGCUGACGGGCAUCUUCGCGCGGCUGCGCCUUCGGGGCCGCGACUUCGGCGACCUGCUGAUCUACUCGGGCGCCGUGCUGGUGUUCCUGAGCCUGCUGGGCUGGAUCAUGUGGUAUACGGGCAACAUCGAGAUUGCCCCCGAAGAACUGGCCAGGGACUACGGCGCCAAGGGCGGCACGCUGGCCCGCCUGGCCAGGAAGAUCUCGCGGACGUGGUCCCGGCGCCAGGACACUCGGCUGGCCAUGAGGACGAUGCAGAGCAGCCGGGAAGCAGCCUAGACGAGGUGUCCUGCUUGCCAUUAACUGGAGGAUCUACUGGCCCACUUGCGGGAUGAAUGAAUAGACUCGCCAGGUUGGACUCCUGGGACUGGACCUGGCCUUUGACCAUAUCCCAGGAAAGGGAUAUUAGACUCAUCUCUCCACCAGCUGCGCCCAUCUUCAUCCAGUCGUUUCUGUGUGGAUUUUGCUUUACAUACAUUUCAAUAAUGCGUUCCUCCCCCCACCCCACCCCCAAGGUCUCCGUUCUUUUCCUUUUGCUGCAAUGUGGGUGGGCACCCCUUCUGAAACCAGGGCCCAUAACAAAGGCACAACAAACAGAAAUUCUGGCUUUCUACUCAGUGGCGGGGCCAUGGGCGAGAAAGUGGCCUCCUCUCUUCUUGCCUCAAAGCUUUUGAAGUCGCAAGGGCAGAAAAAUGGGGUCGAGAAGUAGAGCUGGGAUGGAUGGGAGGAUUGUCAAAGGUGGCCAGGGGAAUGGGACCCCUGAUUUCUCUCCCAGGGGACCAAUGAUUCUUGGGGGAUUGGAUCUAGAUACCACAGCAAUAACCAGAGGCUGGGGAAACUAAACUCUUUUUUAUUGAUAAUAAAUAUAUAUGUGCUAUAUGGGGUGGUUAUGCUGGUGG